AUGAAUAAUGACCAAUUAUUCGAAUUAAUAUGGAAAAAUAAUUAUAUAAAAAAUAUUAUUUUUCAACAUCUUAGAUCCUAUAACGAAUAUUUUAGUUUUAGCUGUAAAAGAGCAAAAGAAUUAAUAAAUUAUUCAAACCGAAAAUAUCUAACAAAACUACAUUAUAUAUCAAAUGACCCUUUGGACUAUACAGAAGAGAAUUUUAGUGGCAGUAUUAAAGUAGUGCCAUACGGUGUAACUAAGCUAUCUCUAGGUUCAGUUUAUAAUCAAGAUAUUCGUUUUGGUGAUAUUCCAACCUCAGUCAGAAAAUUAAAAAUAAUGAAUAACAAAUAUGAAAAAACUAUUGAGGAAAAUUCAUUACCAGAAUCAAUUUCAAAUCUUGUUCUAGAUGGGUACACUAGAUUAUUAACGAUUGGACUGUUACCAAAAAGAUUAGUAAAGUUAAGCAUGUAUCACUAUGACCAACUAUUAGAUCCCAAUGUUUUACCAGAUACUUUACAGGAAUUGUAUCUUGCGAAAUUUAAUCAGCCUUUGGAUAUUGGUGUUAUAAAACAAUCUAUCACUAUUCUUAAUCUCAACUCAUUCAAUCACGAAUUCUUAGAAGGUACAUUCCCAAUCUCUUUAACAGAGCUAUCUCUCGAUGGAUAUAAUAUUGCUCCAAUCAAACCAGGCUCCUUACCAAAUUCAAUUUGUAAAUUAAGUAUGCUAAAUUAUAAUCACCAACUUUAUUCAGGAUCACUUCCUUCUCAGCUUGCAGAGGUCGAAUUUCGUGCUUUUAAUCAACUCAUUGAAACAAACGUUUUACCCAAAUCAUUAAAAUCUUUUAAAAUUAUCCAUGGUGAAUACCAUCCAGAUUUAAUUGAAGGCGCAUUACCAAACUCUUUAACAGUGCUAAAGUUAGACGGCUUUAACAAUCCAUUAAAAAAAGGUCAAAUUCCAUCAAGUGUAACGAAUCUUUGUUUAGAAUCAUUUAACCAACCAUUACACCAAGGCGAUAUACCAUCAAGUGUAAUAAAUCUCGAACUACCAUCAUAUAAUCAAAUAAUAAAGCCUGGAAGUAUACCAUUGGGUGUUAAAAAACUUAUAUUCAAUACCUUUAACCAACCAAUUAAUCAAACCAACAAAUCAUUUUUAUCAAUAUUUAAAAACGAAUCUUCUCCUUCAUUACCUCCAUCCAUUCUUACUUUAUCUUUGGGUGGUUUAUUUAAUCAGUUAUUACGUGAACACGAUAUUCCCCCAAGUGUAACUGAGCUUAAUUUAGGAUACAACUUCAACCAACCAAUAUCACCUGGAUCAAUUCCUAUAUCAGUUAAAACUAUAAGCUUUGGUCAUUUUUUUAAUCAUCCUAUUAAAGUAGGGGUAAUACCUGAAUCUGUACACACUAUUAUCCUGUCAAACGUAUUUAACCAAAUAUUAAAACCACAAGCAAUUCCAGAAGGUGUUACAUCACUUACUUUUGGCUAUGAUUAUAACCAACCUAUAGUACCAGGCACAUUACCAUCCUCUUUACGUUCUCUUACUUUUGGAAAUAGUUUUAAUAAAACACUUUCAAUAGGAUCAAUACCCGAAGGUGUAACAUCACUAGUAUUUGGUCAUAAAUAUAUACAUUCAAUCUCUCCAGGAAUUAUCCCAAAAAAUAUUAAAAAUCUUACCUUUGGUUAUUGGUUUAGCUCCUCGUUUAAAAUAGGAGAUUUACCAUCUGGUUUAGAGGUAUUAGAGUUUGGCUGGGGUUUUAGUCAAAUGAUUAAUCCAUACUCGAUACCUGACUCAGUUCAUACUAUUAUAUUAGAUACACGUUAUAGAGAUAAUUUUGGUGCAGAUCAUUUUCCCGAAUUUAUUAAAACUAUUAAAUUUAAAAAAUCAGACUAA